AUGGGGGACUGGAACUUGUUGGGCAGCAUCCUUGAAGAAGUUCACAUCCACUCCACAAUAGUUGGCAAAAUCUGGCUCACAAUCCUGUUCAUAUUCCGGAUGCUGGUGCUGGGAGUGGCUGCUGAGGAUGUCUGGGAUGAUGAGCAGUCCGAGUUCAUCUGCAACACGGAGCAACCUGGCUGCAACAAUAUCUGUUACGACAAAGCCUUCCCCAUUUCUUUGAUCAGAUACUGGGUACUGCAGAUCAUUUUUGUCUCCUCCCCAUCUUUAGUGUACAUGGGCCACGCGCUCUACAGGUUAAGGGCGCUGGAGAAAGAGCGACAGAACAGGAAAGCCCACCUGCGGGCUCAGCUCGAGGACCUGGAGCCCGUGCUCGAGGAGCACAGGAGAGUGGAGAAAGAACUGCGUAAGCUGGAGGAACAGAAGAAAGUGAAUAAGGCGCCCUUGAGAGGGUCCCUGCUGCGCACCUAUGUCCUACAUAUCCUCACCCGGUCGGUGGUCGAAGUGGGCUUUAUGAUAGGUCAGUAUCUUUUAUAUGGGUUUCACAUGUCUCCCCUUUACAAAUGCACUCGGCCCCCUUGCCCUAACACGGUGGAUUGUUUUGUGUCCCGACCCACAGAGAAGACCAUCUUUAUGUUUUUCAUGAACAGCAUCGCUGCCGUCUCCCUCUUCCUCAAUAUCCUCGAAAUCGCCCACCUGGGCAUCAAGAAGAUCCAGAAGAGCCUGUGCGGGCAGCCGCUGUGGCCGCCGGGCCCGUCCGAGGAAGAGCCCAGCGCGUACAACUCCAAGAAGAGCUCGGUGGUGCCGCAGCCGCCCUGCCUGGCCAGCAACGCCGAGGAGGCGCCGCGGGCCGCCCCGGGGGGCGGCGGGGCGGGGGCGGCCGCCGCGGCCCGCCGGGCGCCCCGCAGGCACAGCCGGGUCAGCGCCUGCCGGGACCUGGAGGAGGAGCGCGGCGAGUCCCCGGACAGCGGACACUGCCCCGGCACCCGCAAGUCCAGCUUCCUCUCCCGCGUCCUCAGCCCCGGCCCCGGCUCCGGCUCCGGCUCCGGCUCCGGCUCCGGCUCGGAGGGGAAGCGCCGCUCGGAGGGCGCGCCCAGCCCGCCGCCCGCCGCCUCGGGACGCCGCGUGUCCAUGAGCAUGCUCCUAGAACUAUCAUCCAUCAUGAAAAAGUAAGGACAUUCUAAGGAGAAGAAAUAAACUAAAGGACUGAGAACAAACUGCCUUCAGCA